GUGGUGUUGAGCUCGGUCCCAGGGGGAGCAGGGGGCGGAGGAUUGUAAGGAUUCCACAGGAGCUGUCUCUUUUUUCAUGCCAGCAAGCUGUUGGCAGAAGACUGUUUUGACAGAGCUAUUACUCACCAGUCCCCCUUUUGUUAAGCUGCCCGGCAGUGCUUGUCUGAAGGUUUGAAUAGGAUCACAACUCGGAAACAUCCAGCAAGAGAGACACGUACCUACACACAGACGUGCACACACAUGUGUGCAUCGCAGAGCCAGGGCUGUACGAGACAGGGAUAGCUGCGUAGCUCAACACCUCUGAUUCAGCUGGAUUGGUCUUUUGCACAGAAUUUAAGCUUAGAAGAUUGAACACAGAACCACCUUCAUGAAGGUUAAACAGAUGCUGGCAUGUCAGCUCCUGGCACUGGCUUUCAGCUGUCUUGGCUCAAGUUUGGGGGAGAUCAGGAUACACCAACAACAUGAGAAGCUGUCCCCCAUGGCUCCGUUGCACCGAGCUCUAGGUCUGAAGGAAAGUUUCCUGUUGCUUUCCCUGCACAACAAACUGCGCAGUAGAGUCCACCCACCUGCGGCCAACAUGCAGAGGAUGGACUGGAGUGACAAGCUGGCACAUCUGGCACAGGAGCGAGCAGCCAGCUGCCUUGGGAAGGCCUUGCCACCACCAGCACACCAGGCCCAACACAUCAGCUGGAAUGCUCUCUUGCUCCCCGAGGGGGUGGCUACCUUUACAGAUGUGGUGGAGCUAUGGUUCAGAGAAGGGCAGAGCUAUGACUACCAUGCAGCACAGUGCCUGGAGAAUGCUACCUGCAGCCACUACACCCAGUUGGUCUGGGCUACCUCCAGCAGGCUGGGCUGUGGAAAGCACAUCUGCGCCAAGGGCCAAGAGAGGAGAGAGGCUUUUGUCUGCGCCUACUCCCCAGGAGGGAACUGGGAGAUGAAUGGGAAGACGAUUGUCCCUUAUAAGAAGGGAGCCUGGUGUUCACUCUGCACUUCAGGACUCUCUGGAUGCUUCAAAUCGUGGGAUCACAGUGGGGGGCUCUGUGAAGUACCCAGGAACCCAUGUCGGAUGAGCUGCAGGAACAAUGGGCAGUUAAAUAUGAGUUCCUGCCACUGCAAGUGUCCACCAGGGUACACAGGCAGGUACUGCCAAGUGAAGUGCAGUAUCCAGUGCUUCCACGGGAAGUUCAAGGAGGAGGAAUGCUCCUGCCUCUGUGACAUCGGCUAUGGCGGAGCUGAGUGUGGAACCAAAAUCCAGUUCCCCUUCCAUGCCUGUGACCUGAGGAUAGAUGGGGACUGCUUCAUGGUUUCCUCUGAGGCAGACACAUACUACGGAGCCAAACUCAAAUGCCAGGAGAAAGGAGCAGUACUGGCCCAAAUCAAGAAUCAGAAAGUCCAGGACAUUCUGGCCUUUUACCUGGGCCGUUUGGAAACCACCAAUGAGGUGACCAACACUGAUUUUGAGACCCGCAACUUCUGGAUUGGUCUGACGUAUAAAACAUCCAAGGACUCAUUCCGCUGGGACACUGGAGGGCAGUAUUCCUUCACCAGCUUUGCUUUUGGGCAGCCGGACAACCAGGGGUUUGGGAACUGUGUUGAGCUCCAGGCAUCAGCUGCCUUCAACUGGAAUGACCAGCGCUGCAAGACCCGAAACCGGUACAUCUGCCAGUUUGCUCAGGAACACAUCUCCCUGUGGCAGCCAGAGCCCUGAGAACAUGCCGCUUCCUAUCACCUCCCUGCUCCAGAUCACGGUGCUAGCUGCUGAGUAAUGGCUGCAAUGUCACCCUCAUACUGCACACAGCUUGAGAGACAGGACCUCCAUCUCUGCUGCUCCCCUGAUGGCUCCUCCCAGGACUUCAGGGCUCACUCAGAGGCAACUGGGUGCUUUGGUCAGUGCCAGCCAUGCUGACUUCUGAGUGUGUCGGCUGAGGGCCAUGGGGUAGAUGUGGCACCAGGACCUGCUGAGUGCUCAGGGGAGGGCAGGGGAAGGAGGGGAGAGGGCACAUCCUGUACUGACAUUCCAAACCAUAGAGUAGCACAAAGAGGGAAUGGAGUGUUAAAGGUGCAAGGGGGCAAUUGGUCCUUACCCCAGUAGAGCUGUGGGUGUCUCAGGGUUCCACCUGCUGGGCCAGGGUGAGGUUGUGUCUCUGGAGCUUUGGCCAAUCCCAAGCAAUGACAUGUCUCUCACCAUCCCGGGAAGACCUCUGCACAGCCCAGUGAGGCCCAGGCUAGCUAUGGCUUUUCCUUAGGAGAAGAGUUGUCCCCUACAGCACCUUCUAGGCCCCUCCACCUUCACUCUGGUCUGAGGGGGACUCAAAGGCAUUGAAAAGCAGUGGAGCUAUUUGAAAGGGCAAAAGGAGACCCCUUUCUGCUGUUCUGAGGCAGGUGGUAGCCAGCUCAGCACAGGUUUAUCACACACCAUGUGUUGACUCCCUCUGGCAUCACCCCAGACCACAUGAACUAGCCCAGAGGUGCCCAGGGGUAGAGGGGGUCAUUCUGUGGCAAAGGGACACAGACCUGGCUUAAAUUAGUCGGAUGAGGGAGCUAGAGAGGUACUAGAGAGAGGAGGGAGCUCUGAGGUGCUGACCAGAAGGGGAAGGUGCUGGAGGGUAUACAUUCAUUGCCUCCUCUGCCCCCACCCCCAUUUCCACCUGGAGAGGAGCUGAGGUGAGAGAGUUGUGCCCCUGCCAUGUGGGGGCAGGGGGGGGAAGAAGACAUCCUGAGCAGGGAGGGGUCAGGCCCAUGUGUCCAGGCCCUGAACAAUCCCCCUUGCUCCUCUAGAAGGGACUCUACUCAGCAGAGACCCUCCCCUCUGAGGGCUGGGGUUGAGUUCUGGCAAUAAGAUUACAGCUGCCUGUUGUUGACUGGGGUCAGUACUCCUGGUUAUGUCCUGGGACCAUCUCCAGUUGCUCUUGCUUCCUUUGGGAUGGUGACCCCAUUCUCCUGGCAUUCAGCACGGAAGUGCUAUAGGGUCUCGCCCUGUUAAACUUCUGCCCCAGAUCCCCAGGCAGAACGUUUCCUGUUGCAGCCCUGAGGCAAAAGACAUGCCAGCUUGGUGGCCUCUGCAUUGGAAUGGUGCACACUAGGCUGUUAGGCUUCCUGGAUCCCUGGGUUUUUGGCUGUGGAUGUAGGAAUUGAGGGGUAGGAGGGGGAAGGGAGGGGCAUGACAGGAGUAUUGCCAGGCAUUGGGAAUUGCAGGCAAGGAGCAUCUUUGGAGCUGGUGCUUCAUAGACAUGAGAGUCCUUCAGGUGCCCUCCAGGCAGGGCCUGCACUGUGACCUCUAGGGCCUGCAAUCCCAUGGCCUUUCCACUGUGCAAUAGUCAAGCUGCUUCCAUAUAUGUCUGUCUAGCUCCAGUACUAACCAGAUGAUCUCAGGGGGCAGGGACUCCCAGCUUUCUAGCAGGGCUGACUUAGAAAACUAGGCUUUUUUCUCCUGCAGGCCUGUUCUCAUGCCCUGAGUCCUAGGGUGUUUACACUGGUGCUGGGACAUUUAUCUGGCUGACAUUAACACCUCACCCUCUGUAAGAGCCUUGGAUGUUUUAAUAAAGAUUUAUUUCUGUC